CGAAAAUUCGUAAAAAUAAAAAAAAUAGAGGCCAAGAAAUAUUCUUAGUUAAAAAAACUAGAAAGACAAUAUCAUCUAUUCAAUUUGCAACUGUAGAAGAAGUUAUACAGUAUUAUCUUUACUUACGUGAGUCCAAACCAUCAACUUGUCUCAAAAACUUAGUUUGUUGUCCAAACAAAGGAUCUACAUUUACACCGAAUUGUCCAGAUUCAGGAGAAAACUGCUGCGUUAUAUCUAAGCUGAAGGUUUCAUGGAAACUUGGUGGAUACAGAACUCGUGACAUACAAUGCUUUUUACGGAAAGAAGUCGAAGUUGUAGUAAUGAAAUACAAAAAAGCUGCAAUCGCUAAGAAACAGAUCAACACCAGGAGCAAUAAAAGAUAGAGAAAACUUAUUAAUAGAAUCUAAAAGGGUAUUCUGGUUAGGACAUGACAUAUAAAUCAUGAUUGAUGAAAUAAAAAAGCAUAGAAAAAGAACUGAAGAAAGUAAAUGUAUGGACAUUAUGUUCUUGAAAAUGCAGAAGGAAAAAAGACAAGGUUGUCUAGGCAUUUCUGAUACUUGCUUCAAAAAGUCUGCAAAAAGAUCUGAAAAAAAAAAAAUUAAAAGUGAAUCAUCAGAGAAAAUUUUAGAUGCAACUUAUAGCUCAGAAGGUGAUGUUAGUGAUUUUUCUUUAAGCCCAGAAUGCCUCGAGUCUGUUACAAGUGAGUCAAAUGACGAUUCUCAUGAAAAAGAGCAAAGUUUACUACUGCCUAAAGAUAUUUUAAAGCGUACAGCACUAACUGCUGUAGGAGAAGGUCUUUCUAUCAAUCAGCACACUGCUAAUCAGCUGACUGACUCCAAAUAUAAACUGAUUUCUGUUCACUUUGACGGGAAAAUAUUUAAAAAAUAUACAGAUAAAGUUUCAGUUACAAGAGAAAGAUUAGCAGUACUAGUGAAAGUGAAUGGGAAAACUGAGCUCCUAGGUAUUCCUCAUAUUGAGUCAGGUUCUGGGGAAAAUCAGUUUAAAGCAGUUUAUAAUCUAUUAGAUUCUCUUGGUCUUAGUCAUCAUAUACAGUGAAUAUACUUUGAUACUACAGCUUCCAACACCGGAAAGCACCAAGGAGUUAUAACAAGAAUGGCCGAUAAGCUGGGAAGGCCACAACUUUUCCUUGCCUGUAGACAUCAUAUAUUGGAAAGACAUAUUACCCACUUUAACAAGAUAUAUCCCAGUAGAAAAAUGUCUGGUCCAGAAAACCAGCUUUUUAAACACCUGAAAUCUGUCUGGAAUGAUCUUGAAAAAGACAUUGUUGCAUUGAAGAAAAUUGAAACUCCAAAUUGAACUUGGAUAAAUAAACAACAUCUUGAGGCUGAAAAAUUCUACAGAGAUGUAAUAGAUAACAGGAUCUACAAAAAGGAUGGUAAAUCAAGAGAGGAUUAUCAAAAAUUAGCGGAACUUUCUUUGAUGGUAGUUUCUCAAAAAGAUAGGUUCAAAUUUCGUAUUCCUGGUCCAAUACAUCAUGCAUGAUUCAUGUCAAAAGUAUUGUAUUAUCUCAAAAUGUAUUUAGCAUUGGAAGCUAUUCCAAGUUUAUCAGAAGAAAA